AGACAUCGAACCGAUUUGUUUUGCCCGCGCGCCAUCGCGCCAUGGUGGCGAGGGUUCUGGUCUUGGGAGUGCUGGGAUGUCUGGCGGAGCCUGCGCCUACCUGUACGGGACAGGCCUGCGAGCCAGACAAUGUGGAGCUGCUGCAGGUGAAGUUUGGAGCUGACCUCCUCAACCAGGCCCAGCAUGCCCUGGCCUGCGCCAAGGAAGAGACUAGCGUCGGGUGCGACGACGUGCGGUCUGCAAAGCUCCGCAACGUGCUGGCCCGCACCCAGCCCGACGAGUUGAGUGUCCCCUACGCGCUCAGUCAGCGCACGUCGGGC